GAAAUGAACCUGCGGAAGCAGCAGUGAACCUUUAAAGAUGCAUACAGGGCUGCAUAAAGUGAAGAGAGAAACUAGAGAAACCAAUGAAGUAAAGAAAAAGUAUGUUUCCCAGGUAUAGUAGGGAAAACUCGCUUUCUGCAAACAACUGAAAAAGCUACCCUUGGAAACUGUUUCUUUGGCCCUCAUGAAGCAGCUCAAACUCGUACUGUGAGUCCCUUGAUGGGACAAGCUUCCCACCCACUGAUCACCCGGAGUGACUGUCACCAUGGCCAGCAAGAGGAAAUCCACCACCCCGUGCAUGAUUCCCGUGAAGACUGUGGUGCUUCAGGACGCCAGUGCAGAGGCCCAGCCUGCUGAGGCUUUGCCUGCAGGACCCCAGCAGGAUCUGCCCGCAGAAGCGCCUGCCACCAGCAGCGAGGCCGCCCAGAACUCCAGCAGUACCGAUGGUGCCACACUGGCCAAUGGGCAUCGGAGCACUUUGGAUGGCUAUUCAUAUGCCUGUAAAUACUGCGAUUUCCGAUCCCAAGACAUAACUCAAUUUGUGGGACAUGUGAACUCCGAGCACACAGACUUUAAUAAAGACCCAACUUUUGUAUGCACUGAGUGCAGCUUUCUGGCAAAAACUCCUGAGGGGCUUUCUCUGCACAAUGCCAAGUGUCACUCGGGGGAAGCCAGUUUUGUGUGGAACGUGGCCAAGCCAGACAAUCAUGUAAUCGUGGAGCAGAGCGUCCCUGAGAGCACCAGCACUCCUGACCUAUUGGGUGAGCCCAAUGCUGAAGGGACUGAUGGACAGGCCGAAAUCAUUAUCACCAAAACUCCAAUCAUGAAGAUAAUGAAAGGCAAAGCUGAAGCCAAGAAAAUUCACACACUCAAGGAGAAUGUCCCCGGCCAGCCCGUUGGUGAGGCCUUACCAAACCCAUCAGCGGGGGAAACAGAUGUCAAAGAGGGAGACCACUCCUUUGUCAAUGGGGCUGUCCCGGUCAGCCAGGCAUCUACCAACCCCGCAAAGCCCCCGCAUGCCGCCAAUGGGCCUCUGAUAGGAACAGUGCCUGUUCUGCCGGCCGGCAUAGCACAGUUCCUCUCUCUCCAGCAGCAGCCCCCAGUGCAUGCCCAGCACCACGCCCACCAGCCACUGCCCACCUCCAAGUCCCUUCCCAAAGUGAUGAUCCCACUGAGCAGCAUUCCAACGUACAAUGCGGCCAUGGACUCCAACAGCUUUCUGAAGAACUCUUUCCACAAGUUCCCCUACCCAACCAAAGCUGAGCUCUGCUAUUUGACUGUGGUCACCAAGUAUCCAGAAGAACAGCUCAAGAUCUGGUUCACGGCCCAAAGGCUGAAACAGGGGAUCAGCUGGUCCCCUGAGGAGAUCGAGGAUGCCCGGAAAAAGAUGUUCAAUACAGUCAUUCAAUCUGUACCUCAGCCCACAAUCACUGUUCUAAAUACGCCCCUGGUUGCCAACGCCGGCAGUGUCCAGCAUCUCAUCCAGGCUGCUCUCCCGGGCCACGUUGUGGGACAGCCAGAGGGCACAGCAGGGGGACUUCUGGUCACUCAGCCACUGAUGGCCAAUGGGUUGCAGGCACCAAGCUCGUCUCUCCCCCUAGCGGUUACAUCGGUCCCCAAGCAGCCGGCUGUCGCGCCCAUCAACACUGUGUGCUCUAACACGACGUCCGCGGUGAAGGUGGUCAACGCGGCCCAGUCGUUGCUCACGGCGUGCCCCAGCAUCACUUCCCAGGCCUUCCUCGAUGCUAGCAUCUACAAAAAUAAGAAGUCUCACGAACAGCUGUCAGCUCUGAAAGGUAGCUUCUGUCGGAACCAGUUCCCAGGACAGAGCGAGGUCGAGCAUCUGACCAAAGUGACCGGCCUCAGUACCAGGGAGGUGCGGAAAUGGUUCAGCGACCGGAGGUACCACUGCCGGAACCUGAAGGGCUCCCGGGCCAUGAUGCCCGGCGAUGCAGGCUCCCUCCUCAUCGACUCCGUGCCAGAGGUGCCCUUCUCCCCAGCAUCCAAGGCCCCCGAGGUGCCCUGCACCCCGACGGCAGCCACCCUGGCCACCCACCCUUCUGCCAAACGACAGUCCUGGCACCAGACCCCGGACUUCACACCAACCAAAUACAAAGAGCGAGCCCCUGAGCAGCUCAGAGCCCUGGAGAGCAGUUUUGCACAAAACCCGCUUCCUCUGGAUGAGGAACUGGACCGCCUGAGGACUGAAACCAAAAUGACCCGGAGAGAGAUUGACAGCUGGUUUUCUGAGAGACGGAAAAAGGUGAACUCCGAGGAGCCCACGAAGGCUGAUGGGAGUGCCUCUCAGGAGGAGGGGGAGGCUGCCGAGGAGGAGGGAGGAGCAGAGGGUUCGGCUGGUGACCUGAGGGUCCCUGGGGAGAGUGGCUCUCCAGACGUGCCCAGCAGCCACACCUCGGCCGAACGCAAAGUCAGCCCCAUCAAAAUCAACCUCAAGAACCUGCGGGUCACCGAAGCCAAUGGCAAGAGCGAGCUGCCGGGGCUGGGCGCCUGCGAGCCGGAGGAUGACGGGUUGAGCAGGCUGGCCGAGCAGCACCCGGGCAGGGCGACCUACAAGAAGACAGCGCAGCAGAGGCACUUGCUGCGCCAGCUCUUCGUGCAGACGCAGUGGCCGAGCACCCAGGACUACGACUCCAUCAUGGCCCAGACGGGGCUGCCGCGGCCGGAGGUGGUGCGCUGGUUUGGCGACAGCCGGUACGCCCUGAAGAACGGCCAGCUCAAGUGGUACGAAGACUACAAGCGGGGUAACUUCCCGCCGGGGCUGCUGGUCAUCGCCCCCGGCAACCGGGAGCUGCUGCAAGACUAUUAUGUGACACACAAGACGCUGUACGAGGAGGACCUGCAGACCCUCUGCGACAAGACCCAGAUGAGCUCUCAGCAGGUCAAGCAGUGGUUCGCUGAGAAAAUGGGCGAGGAGACCCGGGCCGUGGCAGACCCAGGCAGUGAGGACCAGAGCCCUGGCGACUCUGCGGCAGUUCACAAAGGGCUGGGCGACACCCGUUCAGAGGUGUCAGAAAACAGUGAGUCAUUGGAGCCUCAUGCCCCUGAGGCCAGCUCAGAGCCCUGUGACACACCGAGUCCCCAGGCUGGACGUCAGCUGGAAACGGACUGAAUUUGAACCCGUUAUUGUGAAGGACUGGCCAGUCUGGGAUGCCGCCUGCCACGUGGAAGGGCCCACCCCGACUCUGCUGUCACAUGCCGUUCUCGUUCCUGGCCGCUGGGUGCGCGCAAGAGCUUCUAGAAGCCUUGCAGACAGCCCAGAGCCCGCCGCCACCUUCGGCCUGCCACCCCCGAGCAAGCACGCGGGAGAGCAGAGUUCUCGUCAGUUCUUCCUCCCACAAUGUAGGACCUUUCCUUUGCCUUCCAGUGGAUAAAGUAGUUCAGAUUUCAUAUUCAUAGACACAGAAUCAAGUUUUUAACAUAUAAAUCCGCCUACACACAUUUAAUAAAACAUCGGAUUAUAAACACUUUUAUUACAUAGAAACUUUGGUUAGCAAAGCAGUACAUCGUCUUUUGCAUCAUCUCUGAAAAUGCCCUGUGUCUGUUCUCUGGAGAUCGCUGGGGCCGGGCGGGGGUGACUGGCACACUCCCUGCGUCUGAGCCCCUGUGCCCGCUGGGUUCCAAGGAAGGCGGUACCUUAGGAGAGCUCUCCGCCACAUUAAGCGGUGACCAGCAGGAUUUCCUGCCAGGCUCACCUUGCCCGAUGGGAUAAUCAGCGCAGAACCUGCCGUUACCCGCAUUUCAAAAACAGACUGGUGACUAGUGUUUCAUGCUUACCACUCUGAAGUGGUUGCAGGAAUUCUGCUUUUUCGUAGAAGUUUGAAUCAUGGACCAUAACUUUUCAGUUAUCAGAUCAACUAAAGAAACAUUUUUGUUAAGCCUAAUGCACUUACCUAUGUGCCCGCAUUUCUUAAAAAUCUAGACAUGUUUCGAGUGAGAGGAAAGUUGAAAACAAACAGGUGGGGACAGAGGUCAACGUGUAUGGCCACAGCGCUGGGCCCCCUGCUGCUCCGAGCCCUUUGCCUCACUCACCCCAAAGCUGCCUGUGGCCUGGGAGGGAUGACCCACGCCUGCCUGGCAGAGUGAGAGCCGCCAAGACUCAGGACUUCGUAGAAUUAUCAGAGCUGGGGCGGUCUUUGGCACAAAGGCCUGCAUGUGGGGGUUCCUGGCAGAACCCAGAGUACUCCUGGCCCCCACACCAAAGGCCUGGCUGGCAUGCUGGGCACUCACCCCAGGGGUGCUGGAAUCACUGGACAGGUCCUUGUGAGGAUUUAGAGUUUUAAAGUUCUAUAUUUAUAUACGCAAACUUGGAAAGAUCUCUGUCUACUUUAGCUUGACCCUCGUAUCCAUUUUUUUUUUUAAUUGAGAAAAAUCACAGGAAAAGGUGCCUUUGAAACAUUGGGGCACUUGCUUACAAAGCUGUCCUAAAUGGAAAGGCCCUAUUUCCCCAAUACUGGCUGCUCGGAAAGCCACAGGUAAAGACUGGGCGGGCAGAAGCAGCAUCACCUCAGCUCCUCGUGACCUAGACACCACCUGCUUCCCGAAGCAUCAGGCCUCGUGGGCACACCCCUGCCAGGCCCAGGCUGGGCAGGCAGCACUAUGUGACUCAGAAGGCAGGGGCCUUGGGCAAGAAAGCUGGUGGUGGGCCGGGCACGGUGGUUCUCCCCCACCCCACCCAGGGAACUGGGCCGGGCAAGGCCCCUCACUGUCCUGGCUCCGAGGACGAAGAUGCUGGUAGCACAUUCUGCCCCCCAGGAGAGGGCUUGCUUUGGAAAGCAAAACCCUUGGCCUGUUGUUGUUUGGAAGCAUCUUCUCCUGCCCUCUCUGUCUCAGUAGGGACCACCUCUCACGUGUUUCAAACAGGUGACUUCUGAGAACUUGGCGAGUUUUACAGCCUGUUUUGUAUCCUUUCCAUUUGGGGCGUGAAGCUAUUUAGCCUCUGCAGAAUUGCCAAGACUGGCGAGUUAUUACCUUCCUUCAGAGAACAGACACUGGGAAGUUUUCCUUUAGUUUUUAUGCACAUGCAGAUUAAUUUAUAUGUACACACACACAGUGCAAACACUCGUUUGAUGCUUUGCUCGUGAAAUGGACAUCGACGUGCGCGCUUGCGGAACCGGGUAGCACGUGGGUGUUGGGGAAAGUAGCCUGUGUCGGCGGGCCUGCCGGGACCCGGGCACACUGGGCAGCCCAGCGCGAAGCCAUCUCCAAGUGUCAGACGCACCCCCUGGCGUCCCCCUCCGAGCCUUCGCACACUGGCCGAAGGGGUGUGUCUUAGGAUUUUCUUGGUUAUUUGUAUUCACAUUUCAUUUGCAACCCAAACAGCAAGACAGAACAAUUACAUGGUGGACAAGUUCACACAGGACAUAAAGAGUGACCCAACCUCGGCACCAGCUUGUCUUUAAAAGGUGGAAAAGUUGGCAUGUUUUCCUCACAGCUGCUGGCCCUGCCCCCCACCCGGGGCCACACAUGCGAAUGGCAAGACCGCCCAGGUAAGGAGACCCUCUUCCUUCCUGUGCUCUCGGACCGGCGUGAAUAAGUGGGGCGUGGGGCUCACGCUUGAAAGAAUAAGAUGAUCAAAGGUGAUGGUGAGAGAGAAGUUUGGAUCAUUGAGCAGGUGCCUAAAGGGACAUUGCAGCAGGAACCUGGGCCUUUGGUGUGGGCCCCAAACCAUCAACACAGCCAGCUGGGCACAGAAAUACUCACACAGGCCUGGAAAUCAGGACUGCACCAACAGCACCGUGGGGACGUGGGACAGCCGCAGCCAGCCCUGUCACAGACCCAUCGCUGCGGUUUUGCACACCAGUGACGGGGCGGGGUCCGCGAAGUCGCCGACCGUAGAAGGCAGCUGUGGGCUGCAGAGUCGAGACGGGUGUUAGUUUCUCCUGAAGAAAAGUCGAUUUUGUAAGGCGACUAAUCUUUCCUGCUCCUCUGUGCGCUUGGACUCAUCAGAGACAGUAAAAUUUUCAGUGUUUCUUGUCGCCUAUGUCUUAUCCAUGUUUGGUUUAUUACGUUUUUUACAUGGGGUUGUAGAUCCAGUUUUGAUAAGUAAAACCAGACCACCAUUCUGAGACAGGAAAUUUGGAUUUAUGAUACAUAUACUCUGCAUAUUUUGAUUACUCGUUUUAAUUCUGGACUCUCGAGAAGCUUUUAGGUUUGGGAAGAGGUCCCCGUUUCCAGGAGUCGCGGUGCCUGAAACGAUACUCGAGUGGGGUGACCAACCCUGGCACUUUGGGCCGUGGCAGCUCUCUCUGACUUGAGGCUCCUUUCUUGGCCGAGUUACUGGGAGCUGUUUACUCGGAUCAAAGUGCCUCAACCCAGGGCCCCGCACCCUGCUCUUUGGAAACAAAAGGCUGGAGCCGGGCAGAGUCUGGGGGGGAGCCUUGUAGGCUCCCACAGAUACUGACGCCUCGAUCCGGGUACCCACAGGAGGCUCUUUCAUCAGGAGGUUUCAGUGUGUUCUCCAGGCUGAGAUGUGGCUGUUAUGGGUUUUAUCCUGCUUGGUCAGUGGUCCAGUGAUAGGUUCUGUGUCACCUCCCUCUGCCCCUGACUGGGACAUCUGCCAGGCUGCCCUCCGUGCAGGGUGGGCGCGCGCGCUCUUGCACACACGCUCCCACAGCUCCCGUGCGUGCUGCCCUGUUUUGGACCCUGUUGCCUCUUGUCUUCCUGUUCUCUUCUUGGACCAAAAUGUGGGGAUUGGAGCAGCUUUUUCAGUUCAAAUGUCACAGCCCAAGUGGUUAAAGGACUUAGAGGGAGAGGCGAACCAGCCAAAAAGAAAAUCUUAAACAAAACCAAACCUGGAGUUUGGGCUUUUCCUCAAGUAUUUUCCCCUUUUUCUUUGCUCAAAGUUUACCUGGGGCUGGUUAUCGGUUUGACUCACCUUUUGUAUGAAGUUUAAAUUGUCAGUGAGGCUGAGUUGUAUGCUAGAGAAGAAAAACCCUCUAGACAUGUACAGGUCCACACAGUCAGCUCUUCCGGGCCACAGCCAGCAGCCCACCUGGGUCGGGGAGAACGGGGCUCAGUUCCCCCGCUCCAGACUGGAGCCCCACCCUCUGCAGGGUCCCCCACAUCAGCUUCCCUCUCCGCCUUUCCCCACAAGCACAGGCAUCCCCCAGCCUUCCUCUGAUUCUGGGGCAUCUGCAUGCAGCUUGGGGAGCACCUGCCCUCAGAAAAGUUCCAACACCUGAGAAAGGGGGGUAGGAACCAAGGCCUUCUCCUGAAUAGUCCCCUCUCCAAGCCAGGCUCCAAUCUGAGCUACCCGCCGUGCUGUUUUCUCUGGCCUGUUCUUAAUAGCCAUGUGACACCAGGGCUGAGGAAGCUGUGGGUGGCCUCUCAACAAAAUGGUGGGUUUUGAUUUUGGCCGAGUGGAUGGAAGUGGCUGUCACAGAUGCUGCUUGGCUUGCUACCCAAUCCACCUGUAAGUCCAAGUGGAACAGACAGGCCUUGGUUUGCAUUCAUUGCAGAAUCUGUGUGUGUUCCCAGUGCCAGGUCACACUGGGAGGGGGUUGUGGGGGCUAACCCGAGUUUUCCCCGCGUGGACCCAGCAUCCACUCAUAGCUGUGAGGACCACCGACAGAGCCCUUGGCCUUAGAGAGUCUGGUUUUUGGUUCUUCAGUCCUGAGGUCACGUGUCAAGACUAGCUGUUCUGGGACCUGCCUGCAAAUCUGGUCUGUCCUUUGAAUGAGGUUCUAGUCCUUCACCGGACUGGAGACAUGACAGCCUGGAUCCAACAGGGACUAAGUAUUCUACCUGCCCCCAAACCUGGAGAAGGAGUGGAGACCUGGUCACCAUAUAGACAAGGGCAGGGGCAAGCGCCUGCUGCCUUGAUCUUUGAAAGUCAGGUCUUGCGGUUUGUAGGCCUAUAAGGAUUUACAAAGGACGUGUUGUUACUGCCCUGUUGCCAGCCGUCACGCUUUCGCAGCCCUCAGAGCCUGGCCCUUGCUGCUGCUCAGGCCUGAGCGGGCCCAGCGUGGGGAGGCGAAGCACAGCGAGCAGGGCUGUCUGCCGGGGGCUGUGGUGGCUUCUCUCUUGGCUUAGUGUCUUUCCUGCUGUCCACUCGGGGUGUGUGGCAAGCCAGGGAUCCUGAGAGGAGUCAAGAGUGUUUAUCUGCCAUUAGUGCCUCUUCCUUCAGGAGACUGGCUCUGUAUGAGCAUGUACGCACACGUGAGCCCUUGAGUGUGUUAAUGAAUAGCUUUUUCUUGGCUAAUGCUUUAUAACUUCUGUUCCCUUCCAUGAAAAAUGGAGGAUUUGAAAGUACUCAGUGUGACCAGAGCCUAAGGUGAAAUGUCUGGAAUGAUAAAGGCUGUUCAGAGUCACCGAAUAUUAAAAGCUGCAAGUACUUGGUUAUUCCCGAGUCAAACCCCAGUGUAGACACUUACUUAGGGUAAGAAUCUACCUGUGUGGUACCUGUCAGUCCUGUAAUUUGUAUUUAAAAAGAGAGGCUGUCCCUCAUCCCUGGCUCCUGCCCAUAUAGCUGUCUCAUUUCUUACAGUUUGCCCCAGGUUGACCGGAGGUGAUGGAAGGAGAGCCACUGCCUCUGCCCCAGCCCCGCCACUCCCCAACCCAGCAGGGGUCCAGCCCGGUAAUCAGGCCCUCAGUGAACCUGGGCAAGUGCCAGGGAAGGGAGAAGGGGUCACUCCUGUACAGAGGGGGUUCCCACUGUGCUGCUGAGCAGCCGCUUUGUUCAGCUGUGUCAGGAGGGCCAGACUGUGCCAUAACUGUUAUUAAAAAGAGAAAAUACGCCAACCUUCCCCUCUGCCCUGCUGGCCAUUGUUCAUUGAAAGUUUACUGAGCGCAGUCUUUGUGGAAGUUGGGAGGUUGCCAAAGGCCUGCAGAUUCCUUCCUGACAGUCCUGAUUCCUGGUUUUCUACCACCCGCGUGUAUUCUGGUCUCAGUGCAAACCUUUUGUUCCCGAGGGCUGGACUGCUGAGAAGCGAGCUGGGAAUGACUCGAGCAGUUUGCUUUUGGUGCGCUUCCUGUCUCCCAGAGACCACUGAAGUGAUCGUCUUGGUGCUAAAAGAGAACUGCCCUGUUUCUUUUUGUCCAGAGGCAAAUUAAAACUUUAUCAAACCGUGUAAGAGGGUCCCACUUCCCAUGGUGGCCAAGCAUGAGACCAAACCUAGAGAGGCUACUUUGUCAGUCAUUUAGGCCGGGGUGGAGCGGGGAAAUGUCUAUUAACAGAAAGGUGGAAUAUGCCUUUGGACGAGGCCGUGCCGAGGGGGGAGGAGGGGGCUGCCCUCUGGGCAGUCUCCGGGCAUCACAAGGUCCCCUGUGGGGAUGCUGCUAUUUCUAAGAUGCAAAUUGCACAUUUCCUAGAUUUUGUAUCUGUGGAUUUGGAUAAGGGAGGGGAACAGGGACAAACUGCUUGUAUAAGAAAUGGUACUUCAAGUCUUUUGAUUGUUCCUAAAUAAAAACGUAAAUAUAUUUCA